AUGGCCGUCGCCCCGUCGGCCGCCAACGGCCCGGCGGUCAGCGGCGAUCCUCAAGAGCAGGUGCUCAGCCGCGAGGAUCUUGUCGACUACCGCGCCGUCCAGCGCACCUUUGACGGAGCCUAUGCUCGCACCGCCCUCGGCCAGCUCUGCUAUGCCGUCGUCAUCCUGCGCCUCUUUCAGGAAAAGUUCUUCUACGUCGGCUUGGCAUACUCGCUCUUUGCCGUCGGCUUCAUCCCCAUCGCCGUCUAUCGAUACCGCAACGCCGUUCAAAACGAGGACCGGUACAUUGAGCUGCAACCCGCUGUACAGCCGGAGAGCAACGGUCAAGGGCCCGCGUCAUCACAACCACCUGCGUCCACUGGCGGCACUGAGACCGAUCGCAUCGCCGUCUCGACUGCCCUCGAGCAGACCAUUGCACCGCGCCGCGGAAUCUACGUCAAGAGCUUUGUGACGGCGGGCUCAGUGGUCGCCGUGACAACCGUCGUUGUCACAGUCUUUGAGGUGGCGCUCUUGAUCCUCAUCUUUUUGGUGUAA